GGCACACCAUCUGGUACCCGCCGAACGCCUCCGCGGGUCGAUGCGACGCCUGAAGACACGGAUGCUCAAGCACCAGUUCUGAAGCCUGGCCAUCAGCGCUUCGUACUUACCGACCCGGUCGCCUUCCGUUACCUGGAGGAGGAUCCAUCCACCACCGUUCUGGAGCGGAGACGGGACCUUCACGGUUACGAAUGCUACAUCGUGGAACAAUGGACGACUUCACGCACCCAUCCUACUUUCGUAAUCACGACCUAUACUGGAGACCCAUCGCAUGUUGUCGUAGCUGGUGUGCUCAGUGUUCCUACGAACGAGCAUGAUUGGUCGCCACGCUUGCGUGUAUAUUUCAAGGCGUUGAAUCAGUAUCAUGCGCGAAGACGAGAGACUCCACUUGGCAUCCUGAUGGUCACUAAUCUCUCCGGCUUUCCUUCGUCUCUCACAGUCAUCCCCGUACCUGGCGGUGACCUGCGCAAACACCGCUUCGACUUCUUCGUCAACGAGGACCUCAAGCGGCUUGGAUGCUCCGGUCGUGUAGGCUUGACCCUUGCCAACCCUGCCCAAUCGACUGUCGCAAAGUUCCAUCAGCUCUACCGUACCUCGGACAAAAACGAGCUUUACAAGUCCGUUAUCGAGCUUGUCAAGCUAUGCCAGUCAGCGCUGAUGCUCUUCGACAAGCUCGAGAUAGACUACGCUGACGGUCUGCUAUGCGACGUUACCGAAAGAGCCAUCAAUGACUGGUGGGUUGACAUAGGAAGCGAGCAGUACAGUAUCGAACCUCACGAUGGUAUCCUUGGCCCGACCACCGUCGCGGGGUUGCUUGGCUUGUUGAUGGGCGCGCGUAACAGGCUGCAUGCUGUUGGUGCGCCCGUUGCAAAAGAUCCGUUCGAUGUCGACGCCAUGAAGCGAGGCAUCAGCCACUUUCAGAAGCAGCAACGUAUGCCCCGCAGCCGCCGUCUGGACCGCCGAACGCUGGACCGUCUGCACAAAGCCACGCAGAAGGCUGCAGAGCAUGAGGGAUGGAGCAUGCCUAAAGUUAUUAAAAACACCGCCGCGGAGCUCAGCGGCAAAGGUGGCGAGAUGAUCGCUGACGCAGUCGGGCGCAGAGAUAGAGCCGGUCUUGCCGAGAUCGAGACGUGUGAUAUCGAACGCUUCGUCGAAUUGAUCUACGGCGAGCGAUGCAAGUGGCUGUGGCGCGGCAAGCCUAUGAAGCAUAGGCAGGAGACGCAGCGUCGCGAGCGUGCGGAGUCCGAUGCUCGACCGCACAAAGGUCUGGUCUUCAAGCAUGACGACCAAGGUGGCUUCACUUGGACGGCGCGGAAGAGCACCGCAGAUGGUGUGCCCAUGAGCGCGGUGGAGCGCGAUGUGCCUGAGGAAGCUCUAACUCCCGUCGAAAGUAGUGACGACGAAACGAGGUUCAAAGUGUUCAGGCGGGCCACCGACCUAAAAAACGAAGCGAAGAGCGGCCUUGGCAAAAUCAAGGGAGCAGUCGGCUUAAAAGGACAUCAGCAGAAACCAUCAGUGGACGAAUCACCCACAACGCCAGUCGAGGAGAACGGCCCUUCUAAGCGGCGACCGCUGUUUCGCCGCGCACAUAGCUCCCCGUUGAGCAGUCCAAACAGUCCAAGGUCGCCCACGCUCGAUAGCAGACUCCAGGCAUUGCACGAGCAGCGCAGCCGGGAUGGUGCCGAUGCAUUACCAACGAGAGGGCAGCAGCCGCCACCAAGCUAUCCAACGGCCUUCGCCCAAACAGUCGGCGAUCCAAAGGAAAACUUCAUGCCUGCUUCGCUUGGCGACCGAGAACAAGUGCAGGACAGUGGCGACUCUGGCAAGCCAGGAGAGUCUACGCAGCCGUCUGAGCGAACGUCGCGAGACCGGACCGCGGAGCCUUCUAUUGCCGGAUCUAUCUAUAAUGGUGUAGAUCUGGACGACAUCUUACCAACCGGUCCCGGGACUGAAAAGGACGUUGGCAACCUUCUCAAGCGCACGAUCUCCCUUAGCUAUAUAGCCCAGCCUGAGCAACGCCCGAACGACGCAUACCCGCGCCACCUUAGCUUCAGUCUUGCGGAAGACAGCGUCCUCGUCCGGCCUGACGUGACCGAAGAUGACGAGGGCUUUUACGAUGAUCCUACAGCUCAACUUGCCGAGCAAGAGUUCUUAGCCAAACAAGCCCACAAUCUCCGCCAAGCGCUGAAUAGCCUUCAAACCUCCGCCGCGCCUUGGACGCAAUCUCAACUCCGCGCUCUUGACUCCUUGCUCGAACAAGCGGACCGUGACACGCAGCAUCUUUCCGACAUGCACGGUCCGUUCAUCGAGCACGUCAACGUGCUACAGACGCAUAGUGAGGGCGUGCUAAGGGCGCAGAAGGACCGUUUCGAAGAAGGUGGGAAGGAGAUCGAGACUUUGAUUGCCAAGCUGGACUACGAGAUUGACGGCUUAAAGAGCAAGAUAGAUGACGUUGGAGCUGGUGUGCAGGACUUUGCGAAGGGAGUCGCGAGAGUGGAAGAGAGGGUA